GCUCUCCUCUGAUUGGCUGGCGGAGAAUGUUUACGGAAGUCACUUGUCAAUUCAAUUGAAGACAUUUACAAACGCACGAAACGGUUUCUCUUCGACCCAAUCUUGGUGAUAUGCUAAUAUGCAGGCAGAGGACUAUGUUUCCUCACUGAAAACUGGUUUGUUGAAAUCUAGUGGGACAUUUUGUGUUCUUGUGGGCGUGACGGGAAGUGUUGCAGCCUUGAAACUGCCUCUUUUGGUUACCGAACUUCUUCAACUCCCUGAGGUGGAUGUUAAAGUGGUCACCACAGAGCAUGCCAAGCACUUCUACAAUCCUGAAGAGGUUUCAGUAAAAAUCUACAGCGACAAGGAUGAGUGGGAGCUGUGGACUCAGAGAUCAGACCCAGUGCUGCACAUUGACCUACGGCGUUGGGCAGACCUACUCGUCAUCGCCCCUCUGGAUGCCAACACUCUUGGGAAGAUUGCUAAUGGCAUUUGUGACAAUCUGCUGACAUGUGUGGUCAGAGCCUGGGAUACCAGUCGCCCUCUUCUUUUCUGCCCUGCCAUGAACACAGCCAUGUGGCAGCAUCCUGUCACGGCCCAGCAGGUAUCCAGGCUCACAGAGUUUGGAUAUGUGGAAAUCCCCUGCAUUGCUAAGAAGCUAGUGUGUGGAGAUGAAGGUAAAGGGGCUAUGGCAGAGGUUUCAACUAUUGUCAGUGUAGUCAAACAGUAUCUUCUGAAAGCAGAUGAGUCAUCCCAGAUUACUCACACACCACAUCCUUGUGUAGAGUCACCUGGCACCUGAGACAAAUAGAGAAAGAACCCUGACUUUUAAAUUCCUCCAUACCUAUGGUGUAAACGACUGUAAUAAAGAACACACAAACAAGA